AUGGCGGUAAAUGAUGUUGAGGCAAACAGACAAAUAAACAGAAGUAACAAAUCCCGCCUCAGCAUCAUGUCUUGGAAUAUCAGGGGUAUAAUAACCGACCACUCUGUGAAAUGCAAUCAAUUACAAAAUUAUUUAGACUCUUUAGAAAAUCCGAUACAUGUGGUAUGUAUUCAGGAAACAAAACUAAAAACAAAAAGUAAGCCUUUCAAAUUUAAGGGGUACCAGAAACCAAUCAAUAAAUUACGUCCGGGCGCAGAAGACUCAGCAGCAGGAGGUCUGUGCAUUUACGUGAGAAAUGGAAUCACAUUUAAAGAAAAAUCAACUAGAUAUAGUGCAUCAGCGGAAACACUAGCAAUCACUAUUAUAGGCAAAAACGAAAAAUAUCAUAUUUACAAUUAUUACGCUAAAAACAGCGGAAGUAACAAGUAUACCGAUAUGUCAAAUUUAUUUACUAAUCUAGAUGAAAACACGAUAAUUACGGGAGAUUUUAACUUAAAACACACUUGCUGGAACCCAGAAGGUGAUUACAGAAGUGAUGCUGAGGCGGACGAUCUAAUAGAUUUCAUGAAUGAUAAUGAUCUAAACUUUCUAAAUGAUGGACAAAUAACAAGAAUAGCAGAAUGUGCAAACCAACUAGAUUCAGCAUUAGAUUUAUCAAUAAUUUCAGCACAUUUGCACCAUAAAUCUGAAUUUCUAGUGGUAGAUAACACAUUUGGCAGUGACCAUCUACCAAUAAUCACAGAAAUAAAGGCUAAAUUACAACCGGAAAAUAUAAUAUUACUUGAAAAAUGGUUAGUAGAUAAGGCGAAGGACAAUCAAUGGUCGGAAUUCAGGCAUCUCUGCUUACAAGAAUUAAGCUAUAACAUUCUAGACAUUCCCAUAGAUGAUAAUUUUAACGAAUUUUUAACUAAACUACAACGAAUCUUAAUCAAAACUAUCCCAAAAUCAAAAUCCAAAACGGUCAAGUCUAAAACGCCGAAAAAUUGGUGGAAUCCCGACUGCACUCAGGCAAUUAAACACAGGGAAAAAUGCAGGCGGAACUAUAAAGCAGACAAAACCCCCCUUAAAUAUGAACUAUGGAGGACAGCCAGACGUGAUGCCAAAAAUACUAUUAAAAUAGCUAAACGAGAAUCUUGGGAAGAAUUCUGUAGUAAAAUAACCCACAAAACUAAUUCAAAGGAACUAUGGGGUUUUACAAGAAAAGUCAAAGGCAGUGAACCGAAAUCAUGCCCUGCUUUCAUGAUCAAUAACACGGUUAUAACUGACCCAAAAGAAAAGCAGAAGCUCUGGUCAAUCAAUAUGCUAAGGCAAGUAGUAAUGAAGGGUACAGUCAAACCUUCAUUAAUAGAAAGCAAGUUGAAGAUAAGGUCAUCUAUAAACUUAUAG